AUGAAGCAUGCAUUCGUUCUGGAUGAAACUUCUACACUAGAUAGAGCAUCACAAGUUGUACUAGCAAAAGCGGUGGAAGCUAUGGAGAUUGAACCAGUUCACGUGGAUUCAGAGGAAUUGACAUCUGCUAAUUUGUAUCAUGCUUGCGAAAACAACAAUAUUGGGCAAGUGAUGCGUUAUACUGAAUCAGAAAAUAUUAAUAAUAUAAUUAAUGAAAAACUUCAUCUAAGUGGAAGUACUGCCUUACAUAUUGCUGCGCACAAAGGACAUAAUGAGAUUGUAAAAUUAUUAUUGAAAAACGGUGCAUUUCGUUCAAUAACAAAUAAAUAUGGUUUAACACCAUUUGAAGAAGCUCGAACUGAAGAGACAAAAGAUCUUUUUCGACGAAUAAAUACUAGACAUUCAUUUAUCGGAAAUCCAGAUGAUGCUGAUUAUAUUGAAUGGGUAAUUGCAGAUCCUGACUUAGUAAAAGAACGUGAUCACUUUAGAAACGGUACGGAUUCGUUGAAAAGAUAUGACUAUUUAGCAACACGAGAACUAUUAGUCGAAAUCAUCAAUUAUUAUAUUAAAGAAUAUCUGGUACAAAGCGAAGGCUUGUCUGCUGUACAGAUAAAAGAGAUUGAAUAUGACUUUACAGAAGCACUUCACCAACGAGAUAUUAUUCAUUAUCUUAUUAAAGCUUAUACAUCACCAACAGAACACUUUCAUAGAAUUCUUAAUAAACAUUUGGCAAAGUACUUGAUGGAUUAUUUCGAUCAGAAGAUUCAUUUAGCCCUAAUUAUCGGCUCAUCAAUUGUGUAA